AUGCGAAAGAAAUUACGGUCUAUGAAGCUUUGUACAAAUGAGCGCAGUGCAUCCGAUGGUGUGUCACCUGCACAUAAUGGACAGGAACAAAUAACAGCCGGGAAUCUUGGCAUUGUCAAAAGAUUGAAAUACAAAAAUGAAGGACACGAUGAAAUAGGUAUUUUGAACAAGCGCAAUCUGGAUGAUGUCAAGCCUGGACGUGGAAUUGAACUGCUGCAUCCUGAUCAGAUGAAUUUAGCAAAUAUCAACGAUGAAUUAGUUUCUGUUGUGAAAUCGGAUCUGUGUACCAAACCUUUAGCACUAGUGGCAGAUUACGGUGGUGAUAGCUCAUCAGAUAGCACUGAUUAG